GCCCAGCCGUGCCCCUCCCUGCGUCUUGUCGUUUUCAAGAAUCCCGAGAAACAAACAAGCAAACAUAUAAUAGUUUAUUACAGUAAAUCCAUAUCUCUCGGCCCCAGAUCUUUGUGGUGGGGGUUUUCAGGUUAUGGGAAUCAAUCAAUAAUAUGGAUAGUUGACAGCAAGUUUCUUUUCCGCGUGUUUCCAUUGAUCACUCGUACGGUUGUACCCACCAUUUUGAAAACCCCUCGUGGAUCUCUCUCCCUCUCUCUCUCUCUCUCUCUGAGACCGACGAAAUGGGAGAUCUGCUACUACACAGUGCCCCGUGAAAGCUACUUCGGGUUGCAGGAUCAGAAUUUCUUUGAAGGCAUCAUACGGGAAGCAGAUAAAAUGGAGAAAUAUGAAAUACUAGAGCAGAUUGGAAAAGGUUCCUUUGGUUCUGCGCUCCUUGUGAGGCAUAAACAUGAAAAGAAGAAGUACGUCUUGAAGAAAAUUCGGCUGGCACGCCAAACUGAUCGUACACGCAGAUCUGCUCACCAGGAGAUGGAGCUCAUUUCUAAAGUACGAAAUCUAUACAUUGUGGAGUACAAGGAUUCUUGGGUAGAAAAGGGAUGCUAUGUCUGCAUAGUCAUAGGGUAUUGUGAAGGAGGAGACAUGGCGGAAGCUAUUAAAAGAGCCAAUGGCGUACAUUUCCCUGAGGAGAAAAUCUGUAAGUGGCUAGUUCAACUACUGAUGGCACUGGAUUAUUUGCAUACAAACCAUAUUCUCCAUCGUGAUGUCAAGUGUUCAAAUAUAUUUCUAACAAGAGAUCAAGACAUCCGUUUGGGUGAUUUUGGCCUUGCAAAGAUGUUGACUUCUGAUGAUCUUGCUUCCUCUGUGGUGGGAACUCCUAGUUAUAUGUGUCCUGAACUUCUUGCUGAUAUACCUUAUGGUUCAAAGUCAGAUAUCUGGUCUUUAGGAUGCUGCAUUUAUGAAAUGGCUGCUCACAAGCCUGCAUUUAAGGCUUUUGAUAUGCAAGCUCUAAUCCACAAAAUAAAUAAAUCCAUUGUGGCCCCACUUCCGACCAUGUAUUCUGGUGCAUUUCGAGGACUCGUUAAAAGUAUGCUGCGGAAGAAUCCAGAGCUGAGACCAAGUGCUGCAGAUUUGCUCAAGCACCCACAUCUUCAACCGUAUAUUCUUAAGAUUCAUCUCAAAUCCAAUAGCCCGAGACGGAAUACUCUCCCAGUGCAAUGGUCUGAUUCCAAUUACAUAAAGAAGACGAGAUUUAGUGAGCCUGCGUCUGUAACUGUGUUUAUGGACAGAGAGAAACGGCGAUCUUACAGUAAUGACAGGGACUUGAAUCCUAGCAUAUCUGGAACUGAAUACUCUCCAUAUUCUUCUCAGAGAAUGCAGUAUUUUCCAAGCUAUGCAAGUAAAAAAGUUUCAGGGUCAUCCGUUGACAGUAUCCGGGAAGUUAUUAGUGUCGAGAAGCCAAAAGCCACAAAGUCGUCAACUGCUGCCAAGACUCCAAGAUUGACUCCAGCAAAAAUGUCGACAACUCCACGGCGACUGACAGCUCUUCCAAGGAUAUCCAACAUUGGUUCAGAUCAUGAUUCGUUUCCUGCAUUGCGCACUCCAGGAAGCAAGCCUUCCCAACCAACACGGAGGGCAUCUCUGCCAUUGUCGGCGAGGGCUGCAACGUUUCAAUCGCCUUACAAGGCUAACGCUGGUCUCUUGAUGAGGAGUGUAGAAUCCCCAGACGUCUCUGUCAACGCCCCACGAAUCGACAAGAUGGUCGAGUUCCCAUUGGCCUCUUUGGAAGACCCCUUGGCCCCCCUCCGAAGAACAACUUCAACAUCUGCUCAGUGCUCGACUGCCUCUCCCACCAACGGCGAUCGCUCCAUCACAAAAGACAAGUGCACGGUGCAGAUCCUGGACAGGACGACUUGUACCAGGCAACAUGGGGGUGCGCAAAGCGGGGGUAGUGAAUGCUCAGAGCAUAAUCCGACGGCGACGACGGUUGUUUCCAGCCGGUCGUCGUCGGAUUCUCGUCAGCGGCGCUUCGACACGUCGUCCUACAAACAACGCGCGGAGGCAUUGGAGGGGUUGCUGGAGUUCAGCGCGCAGCUCUUGCAGCAAGAGAGGUUCGAGGAACUGGGAGUGUUGCUGAAGCCAUUUGGGCCGGAGAAAGUCUCUCCAAGAGAGACUGCCAUUUGGUUGACGAAGAGCUUCAAGGAGACUGUUGUAUAGGUGAGGGAAGAGACAGCCAGACAGACAGACAGACAGGGUUGUUUCUGUAAAUGCGGGACAUUUGGAAGUAUUUUUGAGGAAUGUUCUAGAACAACUGUUCUCUUAUUGAAACUCGUCAACUGAUGAUUGCGGCGC